CUGUAGAGAGCCUGUUAAAUGUAACCUGUACACAUUUUAGUGCCCAAUAAAGAUGGUUAUAAAAUGGUAUUAAAUAGAAUUGAGUUAUACCCAGCCGGCUGCAGCAUUCUGGCCUCAUCACACGCCAUUCUGCAGCUUACCUAUUACCAGCAUAUUCCACCUACCUCUGAGUCAGCUGUUUUGACAGGCAUAUUGUUUUCAGUUAUGCUGGUUUACAUCAGCCACACAGAGAGGUAUAUUGAAAUAUGCAGGUAGUAGAGGUGUGUUUUACAUAGACAGAAAUUCAAUGUCUUAUGUAUUUCCCCUAUUUUAGGUCUCUGAGCUACAUGCGCUUGAAAUAAUUUCAAUGCAGUUGAAUCCUCUGGUCCUGAGCCCCUGUACUCCUAUUGGCUAUCAUAAACAAACUAAUUAUUUGGAUGGCAAAUUGGAGUUUUUUUAAAAAUUAAAAAUUAAAUUUCUGGGUUUUGACAGUCAGUUUGAUCACAGUCCAGAAGACAAAGCAAUGUACAAGCUAGGCACUCAAAAAAGGACUUUUUAUAUAAAAAAUACAUAAGUGCAAGCAUCUCGUAAAUUUGAUUUAUUUCCAUUAUCUGUGAUGAUAAUAAACACAAAGAAAAUUAUGUAAUUGGGCAUAUUGCUAGUAAGUAAUAAUUUCUUUAGAAUGAUAUUGUAGAAAUUUGCCUCCAACACAUACACCAAAAGCCCCCUGUAUGAUCUCAUUUUCUAACAUUCGAGAGAAUUUCUCAUUGUCCUUUUCAAGGUAGCACUUAGCCUUGGCAGUGUCAUUGGUCACUGCAGACCGCAUUAUAUAAUAUUUUGGACACUAUAGUUAUCUAUAUGGCUGUAUAUCUUAGUGUGGACAUAUUUGGUCACCCUGGGCAAACAUUUUAUGUGAAACCAGGAGGUGAAAAAUCGGCACAUUGUAUUGUGCUGGGGAAGAUAGUCCCGUCAGGAUCCAAAUUAAGUGACGAAAUGGAGUGUCACAGCAUGAAAGACCCUCUUGGCGUUGCCUUAUUCGGUCUGGGACGAGCUGGCAUGAUACAUUUCCUGAACCUGAUUCGCUGCUACCGCGUUCAGCUGAAGUAUAUCAUUGAUCUCGAUAUCCCCAAGAUCAAACAGUUGCUAAUACAGUAUCACCAGCGUCAUACUGUUGCUCUUACUCCUGAGGAGGCAGAAAAAGUAUACAACGAUGAAAGCGUUGGAGCAGUAUUUGUCUGCUCCCCAACUUUUACGCACCAGGAGAUAGUGCAGAAUGCACUGAGAAAGGGGAAAGGUGUUUUCUGUGAAAAGCCAAUUUCACAAGAUAUUGCUGGAACUGAGGCAUGCUACGUAGAAUCGGAAAAAGCUGGGAAACCAUUGUUCUGCUCGUUCAACAGGAGGUACGACCCCAGUAUUAGAGGCGUCCUUAAUGGCAUCGAGGAGCAGAAUGUCGGUGACAUCCACAUGGUUAAAAUGUGCAGUCGAGAUUCUCCUCUUCCACCUAUGAGCUACCUGAAGAUAUCUGGAGGCAUAUUCCAUGACUGUGCAGUUCAUGACAUCGAUGUUAUCUGCUGGAUUCUUCACCAGUAUCCAGUCUCUGUCUAUGCUCAAGGCCACGCCCACAUCAAGGCCAUUGCUGAAAUGGAUGAUGUUGAUACAGUUGCUAUAACGAUGAAAUUUCCCAGCGGCGCUUUGGCGAUGAUUGAUCUCAGUCGCAAUGCCAGUUAUGGCUAUGACCAAAGAUUAGAGGUAUUUGGGACGAAAGGUAUGCUGGUCUCGGAGAAUCAGAGGUGCACCGGUGUCCAGCAUUCCUGCACCACAGGCACCAGUUUGGCUCCUAUGCACUUCUCUUUCCCACAGAGAUAUGCUGACAGUUACGUGCUGGCUAUGGAACAUUUUCUUAAUGUUAUGGAAGAAAAAGAAGCUAUGGAAAUCACAAAAGAAUCUACUCUGACCAUCAGCAAGAUAGCAACAGCGUGUGAGGAGUCCUACAAGUUGGGCAAACCUGUGGAACUGUUUCUUACUCAGCCAGAGGGACCAACUUUGAAGUCUGACACCAAUGGUGAAAUGGUGACCGCUUGAAUGGUGAUAGCUUUAGUUGGGAAAAUAUAUGAAUGUGAAUCGCUACACGCACAUUAUAGACAGUAAUGACUGAUUGGUAAAUACCAAUUAUACAUCAUUGGGUUUUUUUUUAUAAUCAGGUCAUUAGUAUAUAUAUGCUUCAAUACUUGUCAAAUUCAGAACUUGUGUCCAUGAGCAGAGCUGAUGUUUUCUGUCUAUUUUGAGUUUUCUAGUAGGUUAUUUUCUGGUGCUAAGUGAGAAUUUAAAAAA